AUGGUAGGGUAUAAAGCUUCUACAACAAUUGCCGAAAUAGGAAAUUCGGAACAUUCUCCGGACAAAGUGCAUGUUCGAGAUCGAGACUACACCUCCUUUCCACCUUUCACGCUUUCUAGGGGGACCUCCCCCGGAAAACAUCGUUUAGAUACUUUAGAGCUUCCCUACACAGCGGUCAACUUGCAGCCUCGCGCGAUGGAGAAAUCAAACGGAUCUUCUGGCUCGGAAGAGAGCUUAGCGUUGAUUGAAGAAUGUUAUACUGAACAACAACAACAACAACAACAACAACAACAACAACAACAACAACAACAACAACAACACCAACAACGACGACGACAACAACAACUGCUCCUCGACUCCCAAUGGCAAUCAUCGUCUCCAUACAACCUGCACGUUCUGCAUCUCGUUGCUCUAUAUACGAUCGUCUGCAUACUUCUUUUCCUCGUAUAUCGCCAGCAUACCAAUCCUUAUGAUCCUGGAUUGGGAAUCUACUCCCCUCUUAAUCACUUAGUCGAAUACAACGGGAAAAUUACAAGAAUGCGCAAGGGUCUCGAUGAUGAUUUAGGUCCCUACAGUGGAAAACCAGAUGAUGAACUAGAUCGAUUAUGGACAGAUCUUUAUGAAGGCAUUUAA